UUAAACACCACUGAGGAAGAAUCCACAUGGAUAGCUCAACGAAACGUAGCUUGGCUACUGCGUUUUUCCUUAAGCUACCAACUCGUUAGCUGUGUUUUUUUAAAUCAACAUUUGCUAACAGCUACCUGGCUGCAAUAAUGAGGCGUCUUGGUUCUGUUCAGCAAAAAAUACCAUGCGUUUUAAUGACGGAGGUGAAAGAAGAACCAUCCAUAAAACGCGAGAGUCAGCAAUUUCGGGUUUUAGCAACCAAAACUGUGAAUCCAGUUGCACUGGAAUCGAAUGUUGAAUGUGCACUUGCCACAGAAAAGCUGGAUGGCACCUGCUGCUAUGUUACUGUUUAUAAGGGCCAACCCCACCUUUGGGCUCGUCUAGAUAGGAAGCCUAACAAGCAAGCAGAUAAGAGGUUAAAACAAUAUCAUCAUUCCCACAAAACCUGCAAAGGCUUUACCUGGAAUGUGGAGAAAGAUUUCAAGACAUUGCCAGAAGCCUGGAUCCCUGCACACAAAGUCCAACACCUGGAUGGCCAACCAGUACCUGAUGAACACGGACACAUUCCAGGUUGGGUUCCAGUGGAGAAAGACAACAAACAGUACUGCUGGCACUCCUCUGUGGUGGACCAUGAUGCUGGAGUGGCUCUUGUUCUCAGGGUCAUUGCUGAGAAUGAAGAUUUGCUGGAGAUCACCAUGGUCCCUCUUGCGGAUCUUCUAGAACAAACCCUGGAGCUCAUUGGAACGAAUGUCAACGGGAAUCCAUAUGGGAUGGGAAGUAAAAAGCAGCCUGUCCACGUGUUGGUGGCACAUGGAAGCAUGCACUUCCGGAACCCUCCCCCUGUGGACUACCAGCAGCUCUGUUCCUGGUUCCAGGACAGCCCGGAGGGUGGAGUGGAGGGCAUCGUCUGGCACUGUAACAAUGGCACUCUGGUGAAGCUUCAUCGUCACCACCUGGGGCUGAGGUGGCCAGAUGGUGAAACCUUUCUUAACACCAGGCCUGUGGUUGUGAAUGUGGAGGGGACUGUGAAGGAAUACAACAUCACAAGGAAGGACUUGUUCAUAGCUCUUGGAAAGAUUAAUGCACAUUGCUUUAAGAGGCUUCGGGACAUUCAGAUUGACUCUUAAAUCAACCUAGGCUGUGAUCUAGACACAUACCUCUUCCAACACUUUGGAAGGGGUAUGGUAGUUAAUGUACAUUUUAAUUAAAAAACUUGUUUACAUAAAGAUGA